AUGACCAUGGUUCGAUACGGAAAUACAAUCCACACCGGCCUUUUAGGUCGCGGUGCGUUCUUUGCAAGAAGUUCUGCCAUUACCGGACGACGAUCGUUUUGGGUGAUUUGUGUGAUAGUUCUACCGAUCGUGGCGAGUGCACGUGUUGCUACCAGCGGGUACGAGAGCGUGUUUGCGAUCGACGAAGAGGACGGAACGUUGGAGACGUCUGAACUGAUUCACAAAUAUGGAUACCCGAACGAACGGCACGAAGUCAUCACCGACGACGGAUACGUGCUGGCACUAACGAGAAUUCCUCCCAGGGACAAAUCAACCAAUCAUUCGCUUCCGAAGCUGCUGGUGCACGGCUUGUUCGCCACUUCCGCUGAUUUUCUUAUCAUCGGCCCCAACAAUAGUCUUGCGUAUCUGUUGGCCGAUCAGGGUCACGAUGUGUGGUUGGCGGAUCUGCGCGGCAAUCGAUACUCGCGCCGGCACACCAAACUGUCCUCUGACUCACGAGCGUACUGGGACUUCUCCCUGCACGAGAUGGGCUACUACGAUCUACCGGCCAUGAUCGAUCACAUCCUGCACGAGACCGGUACAAGGCGCCUCCAUUACAUCGGCUUUUCACAGGGAGCGGCCCUAUUCUUCGUGAUGGCCUCCAGCCGGCCAGAGUACAACGAAAAAAUCGCUCGCAUGUACGCUCUGUCACCGGCUGUUUAUGUGGAGCAUAUCCGAAGUCCCAUCUUUCGAUGGUUGAUCGAAAACAGUCCCGCCGUCAAGUGUUUCCUGGACACAAUGGGACUGUGGCAGGUGCUUCCCUACAACAAGGCACAAUACGCACUGCAGAAAGCAUUCUGUCCGGUACGCAUAGCGCGGAAUGUUUGUGUCCAACUGAUCGAACAACUAGUUGGCCCCAAUCCCAAUGGAACGGAUCGGUUAGCGCUGCACGUGAUUUCCGGCCACAAUCCUUCGGGAGCAUCGAGCAAACAAUUGCUACACUUCGUUCAACUGAGCCGUGCAGGUCGCUUUCAGCAGUUGGACUACGGCGGAAAGGAACAGAAUCUCGUCGCCUAUGGACGUGAAGAUCCGCCGAGCUACAAUUUGUCUGCCGUCACAGCACCGGUGAUGAUGUUUUACGGACUAAACGAUUGGAUGGUAGAUCAGGCUAAUGUUGUGCGACUAGCAGGCGAACUGCCCAAUCUGGUGUCCAUUACCGAGGUAGAAGAUAAGAACUUUAAUCAUCUGGAUUUUGUGACGGCAAAACGGGUGCGUGCGCUUGUGUAUGAUAAGCUACUGCACGAACUGUACGAGCGGAGCCACGAAGUUAAUCGAGUGUGA